ACAAAUGAUGUAACGCACAGAAAUUUCCGGAACAGCUAAAGGUCGCACGAUAUAAGCGUUAGCUGAAGACCAGUCGCCAAAUUACAUCGGAGAUCUUCCACGACAAAAAUAUUGUAAAAAAUAAGUUGUGUAUUUCGACACCAUGCCAAGAGGAAGUAGAAGCCGAACAUCGAGGAUGCCUUCUCCAGCAAGCCGGGCACCUCCGUCUCCCCCUCCGUCUCGUGCACCUGUACCAGUGCAUGCACCUCCGACCGCCAUGGCUGCUCCAGCGGCAGCACCCAGGCAGCCUGGUAUGUUUGCCCAGAUGGCUACAACCGCUGCCGGGGUCGCCGUUGGUUCUGCAGUCGGACACAUUCUCGGCCAUGCGAUGACGGGAGCCUUCAGUGGGGGUAGCUCAGAGCCUGCACGGCCUGAUGUCACAUACCAGGAGCCCCACCAGGCCCAGCCAUACCAAUCACAGUCCCCCUACAUGCAGCAAAAUACCCCGCAGCAAGCCUGUUCCUACGAGCUCAAACAGUUCAUUGACUGCGCUCAAUCACAAAGUGAUCUUAAACUCUGCGAGGGCUUCAGCGAGGUGCUCAAACAGUGCAAGUUUGCGAAUGGCCUAUCUUGAAUUGGAUCCAGAAACCUUGAAGCGGAGGAGACCAUCGACUCACUAUUGAUUAAUUAGAGACCUGAGAAAUGUACUUCUAUUCAACAGUUUAUCAUCUUCAGACAAAUAUCGGUCUAUUCAAUCAGUAGAGACUGCAGAUGAGCUUGUAGUCACAUGUUGAUAUAGAUGUUGCUUUUGAGUUUGUUUUGGUAGCAUUUUCAUUUUUUUGCAGUGCUAGAUACUUCUCUAUUGUUGAGCGAUACCACCACUGAUUGCUUGCAAAAACCUGCUGCUUGAAAUAAAAACAUUAAAGCAUUCGGAUCAUGAAGACAAAAA